AUGCUUGUGUGUAACUUCAAUUCCUACGCUCCUCCUCCCUCGCCAAUGCAACACAGUGCAGAGUUUCUAGCGCUCUGCCACGAACAACCAAACUACGACUACAGCUGCGGCUUGAAUCUAUCUUAGGAUAUUCUUAUGUUUCACAAAGAAAACCGAAUUGCCAUUACUGUGACAGGUUAGAGCUUUGUAAACAAACGUGGCUGUGGUUGAAGAAAGGAAUUAUCAAUUUUCCUGGCAGUGUCUGUAAACUGAAAGCCAGAGAAAGAGACUGGAAUCAGCCAACUUGUAAAAAUCCAGCUCGGCGCCUCGGCUACGGCCAAUGGAGGGCUUCUUAGUAAUGUUGUAAAGAAUGUGUCUGUGACUGGAGUUAUGGAUAACAGGAACAGGGAGAAUUGUCAUUCGUCAUGAUAAGAUGCAACCAUAUUCACAGGAGGUACAACAGGUAGGAGGCCGGUGAUGUAAACAACACUUAUCUUCUACUUCUCCAUUGAACCAUGAGUGAGGUGCAGGCAACAGUGGAGUUCUCUGUGGAGCUUCACAAGUUCUACAAUGUGGAUCUAUUCCAGAGAGGAUUUUAUCAGAUUCGCUCAACCAUGAAAGUGCCACCGCGUAUUCCUCACAAGCUGGAGGCUAGUCUGCUUCGUGCUUCAGGCACAGACCUUGCUUUUCCUGCCACUGUCCACGACAGCAUGAUCUGCAGUAAAACAUUUCAGAUUCUUUACAAAAAUGAGGAGAUAGUUAUGAAUGAUGUCAUGAUCUUCAAGGUUAAAAUGCUGCUGGAUGAAAAAAAGAUUGAAGAAUCCCUAAAUGAAAUGGAUUUUCAACUGUCUUUAGAUCUGCAUUUCACAGAUGCUGAUUAUUCACCUGAUGACCUGAGCUCAUUACAGCUGAUCAGCAGCCGUACAUUGAAAUUGCACUUCAGCCUGCACCGUGGGCUUCAUCACCAUGUCAAUGUGAUGUUUGAUUACUUCCAUCUUUCUGUCGUAUCGGUAGCUAUUCAUGGCUCUCUGGUUGCACUACAUCAGCCACUCAUAAGCUUUCCUCGUCCUGUAAAGAACACUUGGCUUAACCGGAAUGCUCCAGCUCAAUAUAAAGACUCUGUAAUUCCUACUCUUGAAAGCAUCGUAUACGGGAGCAGUUACACAAAGCAGAUCUCACCGGAUGGGAAGACAUUUGUAGUUUCGGAGAACUGCUUGCAACAUGCCUUCAGUUUCCAUUACAACCUCUGUGCCAGCUUGCUGCUUGCUUACCAGGGACUCUCUAGCUAUUUCACCAUGGUUACGAAGGAUCUCCUUUGCUCUCACAGAAUGGAACAAGCCAAGGCCAGCAUUCAAGUCCUAUAUGAACGAGUUCUCAGACGGCCCUAUCCCCGAAGCCAGAGCCGCGUCUCCAUAGAAAAACUGGAUGUUGAAACUCGCCUCUCUGAACUCUGUGAUCAGAUUAGGCAGAAAGUGGAAAGCCCUGAUGAGCUGGCAGAGCUGAUAAACAUGAACCUGGCACAACUCUGUUCUCUUCUAAUGGCCCUCUGGGGACAGUUCCUUGAGGUGGUGUCUUUGCAGGAAGAAGUCACAGCCUUAUUAACACAGGAGCAUCACACGCUCAGAGUAAGAAGAUUUGCAGAGGCAUUCUUUUGCCUUGAGCACCCAAGGCAGGCUGCUCUUGCAUAUCAAGAACUACAUGCUCACAGCCAUCUUCAGAUGACUACAGCGAUUAAAAACUCCACCUACUUCAGUUCUCUCCCUCCCCUACCAAUUGAAUGUGCUGACCUUGAUGGCGAUUUCAAUUCACUACCUAUCAUCUUUGAAGACAGAUACCUGGAUUCAGUUAUAGAAGACCUUGAUGGGCCUUGGCUUGGUGUUCAGAGUGCCAAAAGUUCUUCUGUCUCCAAUAAACCCGAGAGGUCAGAGUCAAGAGAAUCAAGCGCCACUGGAUUCCCCAGUCCAGACCUGAAAAUAAGGCCAUCAGUGGUCUCUGACAUGUGGCCCAGUGAAAAUGACAAACAACAAAAACCUGAAAAAUGCAUAAACGAGCCCGACAAGUCAAAAGUAACAGGAUUAAAGAAAACAAUGAAAACAGACAACACUAAAAAACUAGUCAAACAGAGUUCUAAGGACUCUGUAGUUUUGGUAGGUUACAAGUGUUUGAAAGGCUCAGAUAAAGAAGGCAAGUCUUCGGUUAAUCAAAAAGAGGAACCUGAUGCUGUAAUCACGGAAUUGACUAGUGACAUAAGGACAUACACUAAACAGUCAAGUCAAAGCAGUGAACAUCAGUUUCUUCCUUCACACAUAGGACAAGCUGUUGUGGACUCCAGAACAAAUGAUAAUCUUGACAGCACUUGCAGCACAAAAGGAGAAUCUAAUCUUUCAGAUUUGGUUACACACACUAAGCCCCAGGCCGGUACUGGAGAUUUAGUGGUGGAAUGCAUAUCACCGCACAUAAAUGUACAAUCUGAACUUUGCAGCCAGCAGACAAAUCGUGUAUCAGGAGUCAGGCAAAUUGAUGUUAAACCAAGUAGUAGAAAUCCUUAUCAGGGAGAGCAAGUUACAGUUAUCCUUCCGUGUCGGACUGAUGAUAAACAACAAAGCACAAUCCCUGACAUUUUACAAAAUGAACCUUUUGAUAUGGAGUUUAAAAUGCUUCCUUUAACUUCUGAAAAUUAUUCAGUAUUUGAAAAAUGCACUUUACCUAGUAGUAAAAAUGCCAAACCUUUGGAAAAUGCACCGCUUCUGCCUAAUCCUUGUGCUAAAGAGUUCCACGUAGUUAUUGGUGGGGAUUCCAUUAAGCUGCCAGAUGUCAGCACCACCUAUGCAUCAUCUCGACUUUCAGAUUCAGGAAUUGAAAGUGAGCCCAGUUCUUUUGCAACGCAACCAUGUAUCAAUGUGUCAUCUGAGCCUGUUUUGGAACAGUGUUCUCAACUAAAUGAAAAACCUCAGCCACCACGGCUUCUAAAACCUGAAUCAAAUGCAAAGAACUUGAUAGAUGGUCUGCGCACAGAGAGCACUAGUGCUUUAAGUGAAAUACAGUCAUCUCUGACAUCCAUAAACUCACUGCCUUCAGACGAUGAGGGUGAUGAAAGUUCAAAGAUCUCCGUCAUUCCUGAAUGUCUUCUAAGCGAUAGCCAGACCCUGCAGGACUUGACUAAAGCUGACCAUCCUAAAUGUGUUGUUAAUAGGAAAUCCAGCAUUGUGAUCCAGGAGCAAAGUGUCAUAUUUUCGGAAUGCACAGUAACUGGAGUUACUUCACACCCGUACUCUGGAGACAAAGAAGCUGUUAAUGAUCAGGAGGAUCCAUCACAAGCACACACUGCCACUUGUUCUGGACCUCAGGAAGUUGUUACUGACACAGUAGUUCAGGAUCCCCAAAAGGUAGCUGAUUUGGACAAAACUACCAACGAGCAUUUUAUUGAGCUAAAAUCGGAAAUUGUACAUAUUGGUGAACCCAGCGCUGCUGAAGGCUCAAGCUGUCCUUUAGAUGGUGUACAGGGCAGUCAACAGAGAGAAGCAAUUAAGAAAAUGGAGGAGACACCAGAUGGCCCACAAGUAGCCUGUCAGACAAGUGCGAGUACAAAUACAAUUUUCACUGCCAGCAGCACAGACAUAGUGAAGCAAGGGUUGGUGGAAAAUUAUUUUGGAUCCCGGAGUAGCACAGACAUCUCAGAUAUAAGUCCCGUGGAGAGCGCCAGCACCCUCAUCAGCCCUCUGAACAACCAGGAGGGGGGCGAGGACCCGCAAGAGGAAGACGAAGAGCAUGAGAUGAUCGAGAACGGGUAUUACGAGGAAGAAGAGGGCGACAACUUUUUAAAUGGAGCGACAGGCGCAGAAUAUGCCGAAUGUGACGGCGUUGAGGACAAUGAUAAAGUUCUCAGGUCAGAGCAGCCCCUUACAGAUCACUACAGAGAUGUCACCAGCCUGCCAGGUGUCUGCACCCCUCACUGCUUGUCCUUCACAUCAGGCAUCAGAGACUCCCCGUGCAGCGCUAGUUGUUCAAGGAGUAAGCUGGACACUAUUACAAAGCAGCCUAGCAAUGCUACGACUUGCUCUGCAGCUUCAAUGUGCUGGUUUAAAAGUGCUACCAAAUCGCAAGUGAUGGCUUUUGUCCAGGCUAAAGAAGAUUUAAAGCUGCUGAAACUGCCAGGUUUUCUGUAUAGUGAUGUUCCUGAUCUGGCAUCAAACAUCCCUUAUUUUAGUAUGGAGGAAGAUGAAAGCUCAGAAGAGGGCAUUCAUCUGAUAGUCUGUGUGCAUGGUCUUGAUGGCAACAGUGCUGAUCUUCGGCUCGUAAAGACUUACCUUGAGUUGGAACUGCCAGGAUCUCGUGUUGAUUUCCUCAUGUCUGAGAGAAACCAGAAUGACACCUUCUCUGAUUUUGACUCCAUGACUGAUCGUCUCUUGGAUGAAAUAAUCCAGUAUAUUCAAAUAUACAGUCUCACUAUUUCUAAAAUAAGCUUUAUAGGACACUCCUUGGGAAAUUUAAUAAUCCGCUCAGUCGUCGCUAGACCCAGGUUUAAGUGUUACCUAAACAAGCUGCACACGUUCCUCUCUUUGUCUGGGCCACAUCUGGGGACUCUUUAUAACAGCAGUGCUCUAGUUAACACAGGGUUAUGGUUUAUGCAGAAGUGGAAGAAGUCUGGUUCUUUGUUGCAGCUGACAUGUCGAGAUCACUCUGACCCUCGCCAAACAUUUCUUUACAAGCUGAGUAAAAAAGCAGGGCUUCAGUUCUUUAAAAAUGUCGUCCUUGUGGGUUCACUGCAGGAUCGCUACGUUCCCUAUCAUUCUGCUCGGAUUGAGAUGUGUAAAACAGCCUUAAAAGAUAAGCAGUCAGGACCAGUGUAUGCCGAGAUGAUUGAGAACUUGCUUUUGCCAGUUCUACAGAACAAGGAAUGUAAUCUGGUGCGCUAUAAUGUUAUCCAUGCCUUGCCCAACACAGCCAACUCACUCAUCGGAAGAGCCGCACAUAUUGCUGUUCUGGAUUCGGAAAUAUUUCUAGAGAAAUUCUUUCUGGUCGCAGGCCUUAAAUAUUUUCAGUAGGUGGACAUUUUGUAGGAAGAAAAAUAAUAAUUACCUCAUGCAAAAGAAACACAAAAUGGGUGAUAUUAUUGUCUUUCAUUUAGAGUUUUUAAAAGAUAUUUAUACUUUUUAUAAGGGAGGAUAAAUAUAUCAGUGUUUCUGUAUUGUCAUCAUGUUUAUAGUUUAUUUGUGGCUGUGCAAUUUUUUUUGUUACUUUUUCAUUGCUUUUUAUUUUCUAGCAACCAUUUUAUUAUGUACAUUAUGCCAACAUUUAGUCAAAGUACUUUGCAGUUGUUAAUGUGACUGAAAGGUAAUGGAAGUAUUUCUUUAAGACAAACCUGGCUUCUUUUUUUUUUUUAAACUAACAUGAAGCAGUCAGAAAAUGUUUAACUAGAAAAUGUAGCUGCUGAGGGAAAUAUUUAUUUUAUGAGCUGACCAAGUCCUUAUUCAUUUAUCUUUAUCAGACUCAAAUGAAUUAAUUUUAUACUCAGUGUGUGUAUCAAAUUUAUAUCAUACCACCUGUGGGAAAAGAUUUUUGUACUGGAAAGAGUGGACAGUCGUUUUGCUAUGUAAACUUAUUACUGUGUUAAUUGGGGUUUUUUGACAAUUUCAGUAUGUUAUCAUACAAGAAGAGAUUUUGAAUGUAGUUCAAAACAUAAAUCUGCCUUGAUGAUAAAUUGAGUUUUGUAUAGUUCUCACUUCCAUUGCAUUUUAAUAUUUACCCAGCCUUAACAUGGAUGAAAAGCACAGAGCAAAAAACUGGUCAAUCGAAUGUGUAUAAUGUUAAAAUAACUACAUUUUACAAAGAGGUUGUUUUGUUUUGUUGUUGUUUUUUUUUAAUUAAAGUUGUUUUAUUAACUGAAUAUGGGCAGUGGGAUCAAACUUUUGUUGAAAACAUGCUUUUCAUAAUUGCCAUUUUUUAGCAAACUAAUUAUAUUCAGGUCCCAGUGUGUAUGUGUAAGUUUAAUGGUUUUUAACGUUAUAUUUCCCAUUACAUAUUUAUUUUUAAUGUUACAACAUUGAAUGAAAAAGGCAGUGUAUAAAAUGUGUGAAUUUAAAAUUUGAAUAUUUUUGUUCUAAUAGGAUAUUGAUGCAUGUUGUAAAUGUUUUUUUGGUUUUUUUUGUAACAUCUGUUGCACAUGUGCCCAUUAAAUGUGCCAUGAAAUAA